CGCGCCACUCUGAAUAUGUUUAUUCUCUCUCCCGCGCAACGCAACUCAACUAGCAGCAUAUAUAGUGUCCACUCCUUUUGCGCCAUCUCAUGAUUCUCAUCAUCCCGCAACCAAUAACCGUUCGUCCCCGCAAUACCUGCCCACACCUCUCCAUCCAUCCAUCUCCUUAACUUCUCUCUGAGAUCGAUCGAGCUUUGCGAGUGAUCGGAAUCGAUCACCGGCGUCCUAUCCUCUCCCGUGCUAAUUGAUUGAUCGAUUGAUUUCAUCAACCUUUGGCGGGAGUCGCCAUUGAUCCGAUCCUCCCCUGUUCCUUGCAGCUACUGGUCAACAGUUCGGAUCUCCCUCGGUCCCUCCCCUCGUUCAGUUGCAUCACCAUCGCCUUUAAUUCCACUCGUUUUCACCCUUUGAUCCGAUCAAAGGAGACGCCGUAGGAGGAUUAACCUAAUCCCGCGACCGAAUUCCUUUUCUCCCUCUUGAGUCUUGACAUCGGUCGCCUGACGUCGCCGACCUACUGCUUCCUUCCUUGUCCAUCACAACAAAGAUCUCUUCUCUUGGCACCCACCUUCCUAUCCUCUCCUACAUAGCGCGGGAGCCAUGCGGACCCGGCACUAGCACCGGUUCGCGCCCGCCAUCUUGUCUUGAUAUUCGGCAGUUGUGACAACAAACGACGAUCAGCGACUAGCAUGGGGGCCAACGGCCGCGCCGACUCGCCGUCCUCGACCAAGACGCCUCCACGCGGCGGCGCUGCCGGAGGCGAGCUCUACUCCCCGUCGGCCAAGUCCCCGCGCGCAGGCAUCCUCUCGUCCCUGCUCCCGACCGGCCUCGCGGCGUCGCUGUUCGAAAGACGGUGGGCGAUCUCGGGGGCGGUCACCGUCUUCCUCUUCAUCGUCGCAACGCUCACCGUGACGUCCACCUCGUCAUCGCCCGCCUCCUUCUUCUCCUUCUUCCCGUCCAGCGGCAGCGUCGAGCUCGUCCAGCAUCAGCAGGCGGCCGCCAACGUGUCGUCGGCCCCGCGGCCGCCUCACCCCGGCGCCAACGUGCCGCGGCUGGCGUACCUCGUCUCGGGCUCCAAGGGCGACCUGGACCGGCUGUGGCGCGCGCUGCACGCGCUCUACCACCCGCGCAACCUCUACGUGGUGCACCUGGACCGCGAGGCGCCCGUGGGGGAGCGGCUGGAGCUGGCGCGGCGGGUGGCCAACAGCACCGUGUUCCGCCGCGUCGGCAACGUGGAGGUGAUCCGGCGCGCCAACAUGGUGACCUACCGCGGGCCGACCAUGGUGGCCAACACGCUGCACGCCUGCGCCAUGCUCCUCCGCCGCAGCCGCGACUGGGACUGGUUCAUCAACCUCUCCGCCUCCGACUACCCGCUCAUGACGCAGGACGAUAUCCUCCACGCAUUCUCGGCGCUGCCGCGGAACGUCAACUUCAUCGAGCACACCGGCUACCUCGGAUGGAAGGAGAGUCAGCGCGCGAAGCCACUGAUCGUGGACCCGGGGCUAUACUCCUCCCAGAAGCAGGACAUCUUCUACGCUGGACCGACCCGGCGGGAGAUGCCGACGGCGUUCAAGCUCUUCACGGGGUCGGCGUGGGUGGGGCUGUCGCGGGACUUCGCCGAGUACGUGGUGUGGGGGUGGGACAACCUCCCGCGCACCCUCCUCAUGUACUACGCCAACUUCAUCUCCUCCCCUGAGGGCUACUUCCAGACCGUGCUCUGCAACGCGCCCCGCUUCGUGCCCACCGUCGCCAACCACGACCUCCACCACAUCCAGUGGGACACCCCGCCGCGCCAGCACCCGCACGCGCUCGGCCUCGCCGACAUGGACCGCAUGGUCCGCAGCGAUGCGCCGUUCGCCCGCAAGUUCCCACGCGACGACCCCGUGCUUGAUGCCAUCGACGCCCACCUCCUGGGAGGCCGCGGCUGGAACGGCACGAUGUUCGUGCGAGGAGGGUGGUGCGGCGAGGAAGGGGACUGUGUGGGUCAUGUCGCUGCCACCGGCGGUGAGGACAGCUGGGUGCUCUGGCCGGGGCUGGGCGCCGAGAGGCUGCGGAGGCUCAUGGACAGGAUCGUCAGGUCGGAGGCCUUCCCCAACAGACAAUGCAAGUAGCUAGUAGCUACGAGAUCGGCUGGAUGAUGAUCAUGCGUGCAAGCUUAGCUAGGUUCGCAAGCGUCACGUACUGUGUGAUGUGAUCAGCUUUUUUUCCUUCGACGUUUGUACAAAAUCAUGCACAGAGUCGUAUACAUACAUAUACUCUUUAUAAAAAAUACAUACAAAUACCAUAAGAAAUGAGUCAUGGCUUAAUUUA